AUGAAUGGGCAGGCCACAUCUCCUGAAACCCAAGCGAAGGUCAAUGGCAUUGUGCAAGAUGAUGCCGCCAAGGGUCGCGUCGCUGUACAUUCAUUCGACCCAGAUAUGCCUCCCCAGGAGAAGGCCGCUAUUGCUGGAAAGGAGAAGGAGAAACUUAAGCUGAACCAGGCCGAACCUGAUGCGGUCGGGAAAGAGGUUCCGGUUGGCACGGGCAACAGCAACAUAGUGCCUACAAUCACAAUUGAGAAUGUGGAUGAGAAAGCCAAUGGGGGCGAGACGCCACCAACACUAGAGCCACAGGUCCCUGGGUCUAUGCCUGUGGGGCCUGCACCUGCUGUUCCGGACUGGUACACGGUUGGCUGGCGCGAAGUCAGCGGAAUCGAUACUCGUCCGAAGGCCGAAGAUGAGGAGAAAGACAAGUACAUUCUGCAGACCUUCCUCAGCGAGCAGUUCUACGGGGACUGGUAUCACAACGCCGCCCUCGUCGUAGCGGUGAGUAGUACAGCUGUCGUGAUGUCACAUUACUUUACGCGUUUCAACUUUGGAUGGGGCUGGCUCUUGCUACUGCUUGCGUUCUGCAACACCUACUACACAACUUCCAUGUCACGCAUGCGACGACGCGCACGGGAUGACAUCCAGCGCGAACUCGUCAAGACAAGACUGGAGACCGAAUUCGAAAGCGCCGAUUGGUUGAAUAACUUCCUGGACCGAUUCUGGUUGAUCUACGAGCCGGUGCUCUCCCAGACAAUCAUCGCAUCUGUCGACCAGAUCUUGAGUACGAACUGCCCUACCUUCCUAGAAAGCCUUCGAUUGAGUACCUUUACUCUCGGCACGAAGGCGCCCAGAGUCGACAAGGUCAAGACGAGCCCGCGGACGGAGGACGAUGUAGUGCUGAUGGAUUGGGCCAUUUCGUUCACCCCGAAUGAUACAUCUGAUAUGACAAAGAGGCAGAUCAAGGACAAGGUGAACCCGAAGAUCGUACUGUCAGUACGCGUCGGAAAAGGCAUUGCAAGCGCAACGAUGCCCAUCCUGCUUGAGGAUCUCUCCUUCUCGGGCAUACUUCGGGUACGGAUGAAGUUGAUGACGACAUUCCCACACAUCCAGCUUGUAGAUCUCUCCUUCUUGGAGAAACCGGUAAUUGACUGGGCGUUGAAACCAAUUGGUGGCGAGACCUUUGGGUUCGACAUAUCAUUUAUUCCGGGCUUGUCCUCAUUCAUCCGCGACACCGUUCACGCCACGCUGGCACCAAUGAUGUACGCUCCCAACGUGUUCACGCUCAACUUAGAGCAGCUUCUGUCCGGCGAACCGAUAGAUACGGCCGUAGGCGUGAUUCAGGUGACUGUGCAGACAGCACGCGGCUUGAAGAGUACGAAGAUUGCCGGUGGUACUCCCGAUCCUUACGUUAGUCUGAGCAUCAACAAUCGGGCGGAGCUCGCACGAACUACCUACAAGCACGACACCUCCAACCCGACAUGGAUGGAAACCAAGUUUCUGCUCGUCAACAACCUCACAGAGUCGCUUGUACUCUCUGUUGUUGACUGGAAUGAGCAUCGAAAGGACUCCGAAAUCGGAAGCGCGGUUUUUGACAUGUCGAAGCUGCGCGAAGACUCGACACAGGAGGGCAUUGAUGCUCCAAUCCUGAAAGACGGAAAACAAAGGGGCACGAUUCGGUUCGAUGUCUCGUUCUAUCCUAUCUUGAAGCCAGAAGUAGAUUCCGGUGGGAAGGAGAUGUUGCCGAUGGAUACCAAGGUUGGAAUUGCUCGUUUGACGUUGCACCAAGCGAAGGAACUUGACCACACGAAGUCUAUGUCCAACGACCUCAAUCCAUUCGUACGCGUGCAUCUCGACGGGAACCGCAAACCAACUUACCAGACGAAGAAAGUCAAGCACACGAACAAUCCGGUUUGGGAGUCAAGUACGGAGUUUCUCUGUAUGGAUCGCUUGUCAUCGAUCAUCACCGUCAAGGUUAUCGACGACCGCGACAUACUGCGAGACCCUAUCAUCGGCUAUAUGAAUGUUCGUCUGGAUGAUUUGAUAAAUGCAUCAAAGGAAGCGGGCAAAGAUUGGUGGCCUCUGAGCAGUUGCAAGAGCGGAAAAAUGCGGUUGAGCGUCGAGUGGAGGCCGCUGAACAUGCCCGGCAGCCUGCACGGUAUAGACCAGUAUGUACCUCCCAUCGGUGUGGUGAGGUUAUGGUUGCAGAAGGCAACGGAUGUCAAGAACGUGGAGGCUGCUUUGGGAGGGAAGAGUGAUCCAUAUGUCCGAGUACAGAUCAAUAACAUCACGCAGGGGCGCACCGAGGUCUGGGAUCAAAUCAUCUACAUUCCUGUGCAUUCAUUGAAGGAGACAAUGCUUCUCGAGUGCAUGGACUAUCAACAUCUUACAAAGGACCGUUCCCUCGGGUACGUCGAGCUGAAGGUUUCCGAGCUUGCGAAGCCAUCCAAGGGCGACUUCCUCUACGCAUCCACUGGCAAGAAGACAGGAGCUGAGUCAAUUAAACUCGACAAGGGUACAUACAAGGGUAAACUGCACUUCGAGGCCGAGUUUGUUCCGGCCCUCCCUGUCAAGGGCAUUGGGUUCGAGAAGCAUGCGAACGAAACUCAGCAGGCUGUGCCGAGCGGCUCUGAAGCUGAGGAGCCAUCGGAUUCGCGCGAUUCAUUGCAUUUAUUGAAGCGUGAGCGCACAAUUGCCCCCGUUCCUGAAGGGGUUACCGCGUCCCAGCCUCUGGGUGCGGGUGAGAAGACAGACGAAAGUUCCGGCGCGGGCACCCCCAUCCCGCAGUCUCCAGAGGUUGGUGGAUCUUCCGGCACGGGUGGAUCUCCCGACCUCGGCAAGGUGGAGGAGCACCGCCCCGAGGAGGAGGGCGUGGAGCUCACGAAGGAGGAGCUCCUGAAACAUCAAUCCGGCAUCCUGAUCUGCAAUGUCUUGUCGGGGGAAUUGUGCAAGAAGGCACGCCUGGAGGUAUUACUGGACGAUGCAUAUUGGCCUGCAUUCAGUACCGUCAAACCACGCAGUCACAAGGCGCAGUGGGAAUACAUCGGCGAAGGUUUCAUCAAGGAACUCGACUUUGGUCGUGUAUGGCUCAGGUUGAACGAAGCGGACGAAGGCGACAAAGACGACAUCAUCGCGGAAUGGAAGGGGGAUGCAAAACCCUUCCUUCAGAGCACCAUGGAUGGCCCUACGACGUUCACUCUCGUCGACAAAGACGAUGCAGACAAGAAGUCUACCGUCCAGCUCGAGGCCCGAUACCUUCCUGUCCCUAUCAAGCUGGAGGCUAGAGAAAGCAUCAAUAACCAAGGGAUGCUGCGCGUCGAUAUCUUAGACGGUCGCGAUAUCCAGGCUGUUGAUCGCGGAGGCAAAUCCGAUCCUUUCGUUGUCUUCUAUCUCAACGGACAGAAGGUCUACAAGUCAGAGACAAAGAAAAAGACCCUGUCGCCUGAGUGGAAUGAGAACUUUAUGGUCCAAGUGCCUUCACGAGUAGCUGCCGAUUUCACGGCUGAGGUUUUUGACUGGAAUCAGAUUGAGCAAGCCAAGACUCUCGGAGCAGGCAAGAUCAAUCUUGCGGAUAUCGAGCCAUUCCAAGCCGCGGAGCGAACGAUUCCUCUGUCAUCUGCCAAGCAUGGCGAAAAGGGGAGCAUCAGAAUACGGUUGCUCUUCCAACCAGAGAUUAUCGUGAAGACACGAAAGAACACGUCCACCUUCUCGUCCGCAGGGCGUGCGAUGACACAGAUUGGGCACAUUCCUGUAGGUGUUGCAGUCGGUGCAGGGCGUGGCGUCGUGCAUGGUGUCACAGGCGUCUUCAAAAGCAAGGAUCAUGCGAAGAAGGGAUCGUUCGAUAGUGAUGAAGCUGUGGCGCCCCAAGCGCCCUCCGGCCAAGCGUCUCAGCCUGUCGGAUCGCCUGCCAUCGCUGCUUCUGCUCCUACAGCACCACUGCCAGCUGCCAAUGGUAGCCCUACCUCCAUCAAUGGGAACCUCAGUCUCUCGGACUAUGGGCACGAGCCCGGCUCUCUGCGAGUCCUCGUCAUGGAUGCCAAAGACAUGUCUGCUGGCGAUCUCAAGCCGUACGUUGUAGUCCGCGUCGGAGAUAAAGAAUACAAGACGAAGCAUUCGCACAAGACGGCUACGCCUGAAUGCGCCUGCUACGCAGCCCAAGAUGCAUGUCUGGGUUUAUGA